AUUUGACAUUUCGCGCCAAAGUUGUUUUGGUUUUAUGUAGUUUAUAAGCUCCCUAAUUUAUCCCGAAUUAGAUGUAAUAUUUUGUACUGGAAAAAUGAUGUAGAUUGUAAAAAUCUAGCUAAUAUAUUAGUGGUGUUUUAUAACGGACGAAAAUAUCGUUUUUACAGUUUAAUUUUAAAGUGUUUGCGAUUUGCAGUAAGUGCUAAACGAUAAGUGCAAGUGCAUCAUGUCGGGCACAGUGGAAACAAAGAGAGUUUCCAUGAAUACUGUACUCAAAGAUGCAAGAAUAUUUGACGAUGACUCCUGGGAUGCUGAAUCUGCAGGUUUUCUUAUUAACAAUAAUCUGGGAGUGGUCCCUGAUCAAAACAAUUCCACUACCCCAAAAAAUCACAAUGAUUCUAAAGAAAAAAGUGACUUAGAUGAAGCUUAUGCAUCUCUUCACAACAUCACUGAUAAUACAUCUCCAAAAAGAUAUUUUGAAGAAAUUAAAAUUAAAUCAGAACCUCAGGACGAAACAGAGUUAGAUAAAACAAUUAAUACAAUACAAAAACCUGUAGAUUUAAGAAAUGUAAAAAUAGAACCCAUAGACAAUGAAGUUAAUCUACAAAAUCAUCAUAUACAAAACACUCCUAUUAAAACUGAACUACUGCAUGAUGAAUCUAACCCUUCUCCUUUUAACAAGGAAUUAUUAAGAAAAUUCACUUUAGAAAGUCCUUUGCCUAAAGAUUGUUUGCAAGGUGUUAAAGAGGAAGUGAAGAGAGCUGUUAAAAGAGUGUUUGAAGAGCCAGUGGAAUCUGAAUAUUCUGAAGAAGAAGAAGAAUAUUACGAAGAUGUCCCAACAGUUUCUGGUGAAUGUUCAAAAGUAUCUGCAAAAGAUAGGUUAGGACCAAAAGUUGGAACAGAAGGUAAAGAUGUCGAUAGGUUAUCAGUAAAGAAGAGAUUAGGAUCUAAAGUUGAUAACGACGUACCUCAUAAAAGGAUGAAAAGAGACUUAGAAACUGACCCAGCUGUUCUUGCUAGGAGACAGAAACAGAUAGAUUAUGGGAAAAAUACCCUUGGGUAUGAUAAUUACUUACAAAUGGUACCUAGAAAUGAAAGGGUCCAAACUGAUCCAAGAACUCCAAAUAAAAACCUAAAGUAUUCCAGACGGGGUUGGGAUGGUUUAAUAAAGCAAUGGCGGCUGCAAUUACACAAAUAUGAUCCAGCUGACACAUAAAAACAAAUUUGAAUAUAGUUUGUAUAUAUUUCUAGUUUUAAAUGAAAAAAUUGAGACUUUUCUAUGAGUAUUCUGUUCGAUUUAAAACAUUUUUAUUGAUGUCAUUCAAAUUUUUAAGAACCAUAAAAUUUCUUUCAAUAAUAUUAAUUUCAAUUUGAAAAUACUAACUUGAUAAUAUAUCUAUCGUUGGUGCACAGGAAUAGUGGCAUAACUCAAAAAAUUCCAUUUACGAGAUUAUAGUGAAAAUGUAAAGCAAGACACAAGAAAAGUGACACAACUCAAAAAUGUAGAAUUUUGAGAAUCUUUCAUUUUAAAAAAUUUUAAUUUUUUUUUGGAAUAAACAUUGUUUAUCUGGCAUUCAAAUAAUAACAUUAAAUUUUUUUAUAUAUUUUCAUCCUUUCGAUGAAUGAUUUUCCAUAAAAGCAUAUUUCAUUUCAUAAUUUGACUGGUAUCACUGUUGAAAAUAAUGUUCCUAAUUUAUUUUUACUAAAACUGACAUAUUUUGAUUUACGUCGGUCUAGCCAAAAUUGACGAUCUCAUUGGAGAAGAAUAGUGUCACAACUCAAAAAAUUUCAUGUGCGAGCUUAUUGUGAAAAUGUAUAACCUAUCGUUGAUACGCAAGAAUAGUGACACAACGUAAAAAUAUUUAUGUCGUUCUUCCCGUACUACAAAAUUACGAGUUUAUUAUAAUGAACAGUUAAACAAAUCUAGUUGUGCUUUGACAGUCAAUGAUACAAGAUGGUCCAUUUUCGGAUAGAUUGACAAAUAUCAAAAUGUGCCAGAUUUUUAUAAAAUAAACUAAGAAAAUUAUUUUCAACAGUGACACAUGUCAUAUUAGGAUAUUGUUGAAAAGUUCAUUAUCAAUAUGGUGUGAAAUAUACUUUUCUAGAAGAUCGUCAAAACUCAAAAAGAAAUGAAAAUAUGUUUUUAUAUUUCUGCUCAAUGUUAUCAAGGCAAACAUUUAACAUUUUGAGAAACAUGGAAUUCCUGAACUAAUAAUAUACUUUUAUCAAUUUUCAAUAAUGUACUUUUUAUUCCAAUUUGAAAAUACAGUUUGUAUUAAAUUCCUACUUUGGAAUAUAUAGUUGCUGCACAAGAAUAACGACACAACUCAAACAUUUCUAUUUUCGAACUUAUGGUGAAAAUGUAUAACAAAAUCCACAUGUUUUUAUUUGGUAGAAUGACAUAUUGAUACUUCCAGAAAUGUGUCGUUUUUCCCAUGCUACAAAGUUGAGUUUAUGAUGAUGAAGAGUGACAGAAAUCUAAUUAUGCUCUUCACAGUCAAUGAGUCAAGAUUGUCAAUUUUCAGAUAGAGUAACAAAUCAAAAUAUGCCAGUUUUAUUAAAAAUAAACCAAGAACAUUAUUUUCAACAGUCAAAUAAUUACUUGAGAAUAUAUCGUUUGUGCACAAGAAUAGUGACACAACUCAAAAAUUCACAUAUUUUUAUGUGGAAGGAUGACACAAUGCUACUUCGAAAAGUGAUAGCUGGAAAGUGGUUAUGUCGUUCUUCCCGUAGUACAAAAUGAUAAAUCUAGUUAUGAGUCAAGAUCGCCUAUUUUCGGCCAGAGUGACAUAAAUCAAAAUGUCAGUUUUAUAAAAAAUAAGCUAAGAACAAUUUUCAACAGUGACACAAGUCAAAUUAGGACAUUAUUGUUGAAUUUAUUUCAAUUGAAAAUUUAAUAAGUUUUUAAAAUGAACCUCGAACCAAUUUUAAUUAAUUAAACAUGAUUCAUUUUCAGUUUAAAAAUGUUUAAAUUCAACAGAACCUCAUAGAAACUUAAUACAUUCUAGUUAAUCUAGAUCCCAUACGAAUUGAAUUUCUAGUAUUUUUAUAAAAAACCACAAACGUUUUUACUUUUAAAAUUUUUGUUUCAUGUUAAUUUGACUUAAAUGUUUUAUUGGUAGGGUCAGUUCAACGAAAGUAAGUGAUUAAAUUUAAUUUUUUGAAGUGUGACACACAUCUAGUUGUGUUCCAACACUCAAUGAGAUAAUAUCGUUAAUUUUCGGCUAGAGUGACAUAAAUCAAAAAUUUCAUUUUAUUAAAAAGAAACUAAGAACAUUAUUUUCAACAGUGAUGUAAGUCAAAAUAUGACAUUAUUGUUGAAAAGGUCAUUAUCAAUAUGGCGUGAAAUAUAAUUUUCUAGAAGAUCGUUAUAACUCAAAAAAGAUAUGAACAUAUAUUUUUUUUUAAUGUUAUUGAAGCAAACAUUCAAUAUUUUGAGAACUAUGGAAUUCCUAAACUAAUCUAAUUUUAGAACUCAACUUUCAGUAAUGUUAUUAAUUCCAAUUUGAAAAUACAGUUUGUAUUAAAUACCUACUUGAAAAUAUAUCAUUGGUGUACAAGAAUAGUGACACAACUUAAAAAUUUCUAUUUCCGAGCAUAUUGUGAAAAUGCAUAUUUCCAAAAAUGUGUUGUUCCUUCUGUAGUACAUAUCCUCGAGUUUUGGCUAGAGUGACAUAUCAAAAUAUGUCAGUUUUAUUAAAAUUAAACUAAAAACAGUUCCCUCGACAGUGACGCAAGUCAAAUUAGGACAUUAUUGUUGAAAAGGUCAUUAUUAAUAUGGUGUGAAAUAUAGUUUUAUGGAAGAUCAUUAUAACUUAAAGUAGGGAUGACAAUAUAUUUGUUUUUUCUUUACUGGAAAAGGAUGAAAAUAUGUCCUUAUGUUAUCAAAGCAAUGUUAUUAAAAUGGAUGUUCUAGAAAAUUUAAGUUUUUGAGUUGUGUACCAGUAAUAUAGUGAAAUUUUUACAUUUGGUUGAUAGAGGGGGUGGUUCAAUGUUGAACUGAUCCUACUUUUUUGGCAAAAAAUGCAUUUAUAGUUAAAUCGAAUAUUUAUUUCAUUGACUUUACUUAAUUUGGUAAACAAUUUAAAAUAAAUUCAAACGCCAUUAUUACUUACAAUGUUUAAUUUUUUAGUAUUUUAGUUACUAAGUCAAACUACCACGAAACACCAGUUCUUUUAUUUAUAUUUGAGUUUAUUAAAUUAUCAAAACUUUUGUUAAAGCUUAAAGCGGUAAAGUAAUGGCCGCAAUUCUUUAUAAAGAAUACAAAACGUGGCCUUGAUUCUUUACUACCACAAUCUAUUAAUAAUUGUAAAAUAAGUACAUUUAAAUCGUUUUUUAAACUUUAAUUAUAGAAAUUGUAUCCAUAAUGUAUCAUUAUCGACACAAUGGAGGUAGGUAAUUCAAAAUGAAAGUACAGAUUAAUCCUUCGCACCUCCAACGUGUUCUUCUUUGAUUGCAACUAUAGCCAGUUAUCCUUAGUAAUUAUUUUAAUAUUCUAUCUUUACGGUCUCUGCUAAACCAUCAUUAUAUGGCCUUCUCCACAUUAUGAGAGCAUCUCUUGUAGAGUCACUAAUUAAAACAGGUUCAGUGCCCACACUGCCUACAUCCAGUUAACUGCACACCCUAUAAGAAUUACAUAUCCGCGUUCAUAUGCCACAGAAAAUGUUUUCAAUAUCUAAAAUUGUUGACUAAAAGAUACAGUGAGAUAUUAUAGUUACUGUUGGGUUUUGUGCAGAGACUGCUCUGACGCGGGCACUGAACGUGUUAAACUGUGACUUGAAGGGCAAUUUGAAUUUUAGAGAAAAUGAUGCGACUAUAUUAAAAUGCAACAAAAUAUUACCAGAGCUAUUUUCCCAGCCAUGUUUUCAUAGGGAAUAUCCCUAGUUUUAUAUAAAUAUAUACCUAUAUGUUUUCUGACUAUCAAUAAGAUAUAUUUCUACGACAAUAAAGUAUUUGGGGUAUUUGGACAUUCAUUAGGUAAAAGUAAGGUGGCACUAAACCGCAUUGCAGACUGACUGCGCCAUUCACAUCACACCUGGCUACUUUUAUUGACUGAUACAGUGAUCGUAGAUUAACAAGGCUGGUUUCGACGUAAAUGGACGUUAACAACGAUUAUAGCGGAUUGUAAUAGUAUAUUACGUAACAAGAGUUGAAAGUAACCCAUUACGCACGAAGUGAAAAAGUUUAAAUUUCACGAGUGCGUAAUGGGCUUACAACUCGUUUUUCUUUUUCUAAAAUUUCCGGUGGAGUUUAGAUGACUUUGCCGCAGUAUAGUUUCUAUAGCACGGUAUACAGUGCUCUAAAAUGCAAAAAUUUAUGUUCAGCAAACUAUUAAACUGUUGCAAAUUAAACUGAAACAGAUCCUGAUCUGCUGAACGCCAGCCAUUGACACUCUGGGUAGGAAAUAAAAUCAAAUUUUGUUGAUUUUAAAAGUAGGAUUUGCGCAUGAGUAAUAUAGAUAAUCAAUAACGGGAUAGAUAUAUUUAAUGCUUGGCAAAUAGUUCUAAUACUUGCAUCAUUUUCUAUAAAAAUCUGUAUUUUCUUUGGAGGUGUGACGGAUCGUCCUGUACUUGUAAAAUUUUUAGUUUAGGCACAAUUGAGUACUUUUUAAUUUAUGACAAAAAUAUUGUAAGUUGUGUAAUAAAAAGUUAUUUUUAUUAAAUAAUUAUGUUUUG